AAGUAAGAACAUAUAUGCUAGUUCAAGUACCGAGUCUAGUGGCUGAUCCAUCACCGGAGGAACGAUUGAAUCAAGAAAUCAAAGUUCUAAAGAAAGCAGCAGCAGCCAUGGCCGGCAACUCUUCAAGAGCAGCUGACGAUCAAGUCCACUUAUUUUCAGAAGCUUCCUCAGCACCGGUUCAGUCCGCUUUGUCGACACCAUCGUUUCAACAUCAGCACCAUCACGACUACCGUUUACUGGAUCAUCCAGUCAAUUUUGACCCGGUUGUGGGAUCGUCUUCUUCUUUUUAUCACUACGGAGCCAUGAAUCCCAUCACUGCAUCCGCGUCAGCCGCAGAGCAACAUCAGGAUAACACGUUGAUUCCCGCUGUUGGAAUGGAUGGAUCUGAACAAUAUUAUUACGGUUACCAAGGUGACGAGGCAGGUGAUUCCGGUAACGAAGAAGGGUACUACGCCAACAGCCCGUAUCGUGUUCAGCGUUUUGCGGCCAACAUCCGCGAACGGAAGCGUAUGCUCAGGUUCUUUCGAUGUGACAGCAUCAACUCGGCCUUCGACGAGCUUCGCAUCCACGUCCCAACGUUUCCUUACGAAAAACGGCUUUCGAAAAUCGACACUCUACGGCUGGCCAUAGCCUACAUCGCUCUGCUCAAGGAUGUCAUCAAGUCGGACCAGGAUCCACUCACUUUUGUUGAAAAGUGUAUGCGGGGAGAGAUCAAACCCGAAAGAGGAGCCGAGUGGAAUACUAGCGAUUUGACUGCAAGACUGUCUUGGAUCAAAUGGGAGAAUUUAGGUGUUCGUCCAGGACGCAGGAUUGCUCUAGCUGCGUUAGCGACGGUUUCGGUCGCCCAAGAUAAUCCUUAUUAAUCUGAAUGUCACCAUCAUUUAGAAAUGUUUUACACUAUACUUCAAUCAAUUACUACGUCAGUCUCCCUAGUCACUUGUGAACAAAGAAAGUUCUCCAUUUCAGCAUUUUCUGCCGGAAAUCGUUGAUCUCUCUUGUAUCAUACAGAUGUAACCGAUACGCUGUUAUUUACUUGUUACCGCGUACUUGAUGUAUAAACUUAAUGGAUAUCCAAUUCAAAUAAAAGUUUUCCGUAUGUUUCAA